UUUUACCAUUGAAACAUGUCUUAUAUUGAAUUUUCUUGCUUGGUAGCCUCUGCAUGCUAUGGCUAUCAAGAUCAAGGGGUGAUGAUAGCUGCAGCAAGUGAUGCCCUAUGGAACAAUGGAGCUGCAUGUGGAAAAAUGUACAGUGUUAGUUGCACAGGAGCAACAAACCAAGGUGUGCCACAACCUUGCAAGAGUGGUAGUGUGACUGUGAAAAUCGUAGACCGAUGCCCCUCACCAGGAUGCCAAGCCACCAUUGAUCUCUCUCAAGAAGCUUUUUCCGCCAUUGCUGACACUGCAGCCGGGAAAAUCAACAUCGAUUACAAUCAGGUUUGAAGAUAUGGAGGAAUACUUUGAAGCUAUUAAGAAUAAAUUAUCUCUAUAAUAAUCUUGAAAUAAAUGUCAUCUCAUGGAAAUUGAGCAUUUUCCUUUUGUGAUGCUAAGAGUAUCAAUGUAAUAUCACGCAUUAGAAAAUAAUGUUGAAAUAAGUGUCAUCUCAUGAAAAUUGAGCAUUUUCUUUUUGUGACACUAAGAGUAUCAAUGUAAUAUCACAUACUAGAAAAGAGUAACAAAAAAUAAUGUAAUAUCCAAAGCUAGAAAAAAUAUGUUAAUUAAUUUCAUCUUUGCACA